AUGCAGUGCUUUUCAGUCGUUGAAAAUGAACACUUCCGGCGCUUGAUCAUCGGAAUGCAGCCAUCGGCAACAGUGAUGAACCGAAAGUCUUUUGUGAAUCAUCUGGACAUCCUCUACCGAGAACAAAAAGCGUCCCUCAUCGCUACCCUUGAGAAGGCGACGAGGGUCUGCUGCACAGCAGACUGCUGGACAGCCUCAAACAGGGUAUUUGGAGAAGCUACCGAACCUGAGGAAGAUGUCACCCAAAAUUGCAUCACAGAGGUUCUUGACACAGCUCCAGGCGCUUGCACAUCAGAGAUCCACUUGCCUCGGCACCAGAGGUGCGCUGCACACACUCUUAAUCUAGUUGCCUCCGCGGAUGCUGAAAACGCGUGCAACCAGUUACCUUACGGUGCAAUGGCGAAGAAUGUGUUUGCAAAACUGAAAUGUCUCUGGAGGAAGCAAGCCCAGUCAGUUCAAGCCGCUGAAGCCAUAAAAAUCACCCUAGGAAGACAACUUCCUGUCCCAAACGCGACGCGAUGGAACUCUUUGUAUAACGCUGUAAAGUUCCUGAAUGAGGUCUCGAAAGGCAAACUGGACGCCACAUUCGAGAGACUUUCGCUGCCAAAGCUACAGAACGAGGAGCUUGCCUUCAUCGACGAAUACUGCAAGACGAUGUAUGGCGUGGCGAAGGCACUGGACAUCCUGCAAGGCGAGCAGUACAUGUAUAUGGGUGUGCUGCAGCCCACUCUCCACUCGCUCUUGCGAUACCAAGGGUCCCUGUCACAAAUGCAGUACUGCACCCCACUUUCCAACGCCCUUGAGGCGGGAGUCAAGAAGAGGUUUUCAGAAGUUCUUGAAGACAAGGACUUGGCCCUUGCAGCGGCGGUACACCCCAAGUUCAAGCUAUCCUGGAUCAUGGAAAACGAGCGGAAAGCUGCAACUGUACGGCUGCUCGAGGAAGAAUGUCGUGCGCUGGAGGAGCACUGCAGUGAGGACGCAACAGGCAAAGAGGAUGGCGACGAAGACGAUUUUUUUUUCCACUUGCCUCAAGCAUUACCAUCAUCAACGGAGGUGCAACAGUGGGUGAGCGACCCCGCGACCGAUCUGACCGGGCUCUCAAGGUUCCCCAUGAUAAAGAGGAUCUUCAUCAGGCUCAACACGGGGAUUCCGUCAAGCGCGCCGGCUGAACGCCUGUUCAGCAAAGGACGCGAUGUGUUCGCCAUCAAGAGAGGGAAGCUCUCCGAUGACAAUUUUGAAAAACAGUUGAUAUUAAGUUAUAACAAAUAUUGCAAAUAAGUUAUAAUCGUUAAAAUUCUGAAACGACGAAUGACACAAAAAAGAAGCACCCUUCGGUUUUAAUGUUUUCUAAUUUCUCAGCAGUUCAUCUUUCUUCUCACUACAG